AUGUAUAUAAAGAUGGCCACGUUAGCAAACGGACAACCAGACAAUACCAGCCUGAGUAGCAAUCACAGCAACCCCAGCACCAACGGGCAUAUGAACGGAUUAAACCAUAGUCCCGGAAACCCAUCCACCAUCCCAAUGAAGGACCACGAUGCCAUUAAGCUCUUUAUUGGGCAGAUCCCCCGUAACCUGGACGAGAAAGACCUCAAACCUCUCUUCGAGGAGUUCGGGAAGAUCUAUGAACUGACGGUGCUGAAGGACAGGUUCACUGGCAUGCACAAAGGCUGUGCCUUCCUAACAUAUUGCGAAAGAGAGUCUGCUCUAAAGGCCCAGAGUGCACUGCAUGAACAGAAGACACUGCCAGGGAUGAACAGGCCUAUCCAGGUGAAACCAGCGGACAGCGAAAGCCGAGGAGGUAAAAAGUGUUUGCGGAAACCACCUAGCAAAGACAGAAAACUCUUCGUGGGUAUGCUCAAUAAGCAGCAGUCAGAAGAUGAUGUGCGCAGGCUAUUUGAGGCAUUUGGCAACAUUGAAGAGUGUACAAUCCUUCGGGGACCCGAUGGCAACAGCAAAGGGUGUGCAUUUGUGAAAUAUUCUUCACAUGCGGAAGCCCAAGCAGCCAUCAAUGCCUUGCAUGGCAGCCAGACAAUGCCGGGAGCCUCUUCUAGCCUGGUGGUGAAGUUUGCAGAUACAGACAAGGAGCGUACAAUGAGACGUAUGCAGCAAAUGGCAGGACAGAUGGGCAUGUUCAACCCCAUGGCCAUCCAGUUUGGAGCUUAUGGCGCCUAUGCACAGGCACUGAUGCAGCAGCAGGCCGCGAUCAUGGCAUCGGUGGCGCAGGGUGGCUACCUGAACCCCAUGGCAGCCUUUGCCGCAGCCCAGAUGCAGCAGAUGGCGGCUCUCAACAUGAACGGCCUGGCAGCCGCCCCCAUGACACCAACCUCAGGUGGAAGCACGCCUCCUGGCAUAAGCAUCCCAUCUCCCAUUGGAGUGAAUGGUUUCACUGGCCUCCCGCCCCAGGCUAACGGGCAGCCCGCCGCAGAAGCCGUGUUUGCUAAUGGCAUCCACCCUUACCCAGCACAGAGCCCCACUGCAGCAGACCCCUUGCAGCAAGCCUACGCUGGAGUGCAGCAGUACGCAGGUCCUGCUUAUCCUGCUGCUUAUGGCCAGAUUAGCCAAGCGUUCCCACAGCCACCUCCUAUGAUCCCACAGCAACAGAGAGAAGGACCAGAAGGCUGUAACCUGUUUAUCUACCAUCUGCCCCAGGAGUUUGGGGAUGCUGAGCUGAUGCAGAUGUUCCUGCCUUUCGGUUUUGUGAGUUUUGACAAUCCUGCCAGUGCUCAAGCUGCUAUCCAAGCUAUGAAUGGCUUCCAGAUUGGCAUGAAAAGGCUGAAGGUGCAGCUGAAGAGGCCAAAGGAUGCUAAUCGUCCCUACUGA